AUGAAUGGUCUGCGGUGUGGGCCGCUGGUCUUUGCGCGGUGGAGCAGCCGUCUCGCGCAGCGGGCGCUCAUCUACAACAGCUAUUACCCUGCGUUUGACCGAGGCGACUUCCAACAAUUGGGGGUUCUAGGGCCCUUUGGUUCCCUGGAGGGUCCCGCAGCGCCGCCUGCGAGGUUAUGGAGGGUCCGGGACCCCCGCUAUUUCCAGUUUAGAGACAAGUACGUCCUUCUUUUUGACAAUGCUAGGGUGAGGGACGAGUAUUUGGAAAGAACCCGCGGGAAACGGCUGAAUAAAGUCAGGGUACGGUUCCAACCUGCUGGGGAACUUGCUACGGUUGUGGACAAGUUCAUGCAGUAUUCGAGGAAUCUGGAGGCUGCGUAUGCGUCCGAGGACGCUUACAGGCUCGCAAUCGCUUCACCUAAUGAGGAAUCGACGAAGACCUUAGGGGAAGCAGUUGUUGGUACGGAACUGCUCGAGAGUAAAUCUGCACUCGUUUGGAAUUUACCAAAUACAUGGCACCCUGGGAGAGUCGCAGACACGUUUUGGCAGUACGAUGUCAAACAUUGCUUUAAGAUGUUCUGGAAUGAAUUGGACAACGUUUCUCUGUACUAUUUCGCGUUCAACGAGACACACGAGAGAGACAAGUUCAAAUACAAUGUACAUGGAGUCUACCUAAAUGAGGCCAAAUUGCUCGUGGAGAGCUUGUGA